AUGACACAGCACGAGGGCCUCCUGUCCUACCUCCUGGCUCAAACACAACGACAAUCUCUUCCCGCACUCGUCCUGGGCUCCAUCGCCCUAUACUGUUGCAGCUGGGCCGUCUACGCCCGGUACCUGCACCCCUUCCACGACAUCCCCGGACCCUUCCUGGCCUCCAUCUCACGGCUCUGGAUGGGCGCCAGCGUGCUCAGCGGCAGGGCCGAACACACACAGCGCGCACUGCAUCAGAAGUACGGGCCGCUGGUGCGUAUCGCCCCCAACGAAGUGUCCGUCGCGGAUCCCGAGGCCAUCAAAGUGAUCUACAACAUUAAGAGUGGUUUCACAAAGACUGAUUUCUAUCCUCCCUUCGCGCCUAAUAUCAGCCCCCAUGGAGACCACUUCUCGCAAUUGGACGAGAAGAAGCACGCAGAGCGCAGGCGGUACGUCAACGCGACGUACUCGAUGUCGACCAUUCUGGAGAGCGAGCAGUAUAUCGAUGCAUGCAGUGACGUGUUUAUGAAAAAGAUGGCUCGCUUCGCAGAGAGCGGUCAAGCGGUUGACUUUGGAGAAUGGAUUCAGUGGUAUACCUUUGAUGUUGUGGGCGAGCUUUUCUUUGGCCGUCAAUUUGGCUUCAUGCGAGACGAGCACGACUUCGGUCGGUAUAUCGAGUCCCUGGACACGCUGCUGCCCGGUAUCGCAUUGUCAUGCGUGUUGCCAUCGUAUGUGCGCACGCUCAACACCAGUCUGGGCAUGGUCUUCCCCGCGGUGAGGGCCUCGGUCAAAGGAUUCGACGAGAUUCGAGCCGCCGGUCGGUAUUGGACCGCUCAGCGUCAAGAAGAGCUCUCCACAGGCAAGGUCAAUAGAGUUGAUUUGCUCAACAAGUUCUUCCGCAUUCGAGACGAGAAGGAGGGCUGGGAUAUUCCGGACAUUGCAAACGAAGCUUGCGUUGCCAUAUUCGCCGGCAGCGACACCACCGCUGUAGCUAUACGCUCGAUCUUCUACCACCUCAUGAAGACCCCUGACGCCAUGAAAAAACUCGUUGCGGAAGUUGACGAUUUUUAUUUCCAGGGGAGGGUCACAGGCGCACAUAUAGCCUACAACGAGGCCAUAAAGAUGCCGUAUCUGGUGGCGUGCUGCAAAGAAGGUAUGCGCUUGCACCCCAGUGUCGGCCUUGGAAUGCCUCGCCAUGUGCCUGCAGGUGGUGCAACAAUCGCUGGCCGAACCUUUGCCGCAGGCGAGCGAGUCAGUAUCAAUGCGGCUGUGGUACACUAUGACAAGACAGUCUUCGGACCGGAUGCAGAUUCCUUCAAUCCCGAUCGUUGGCUGACAGGUGAUGGCGCCAUGAUGGACCGUCAUAUGCUCCAUUUCGGCGGCGGCUCCCGGACCUGCAUAGGCAAGAAUAUAUCGCUUGCGGAAAUGCAUAAGCUGAUCCCCGAGUUCCUGCGCAAAUUCGAGGUCCACCUGGUCGAUCCGAACAAGGAGUGGGAAACCCAUAACUACUGGUUCAACAAGCAGUUGGGUAUCAACGUUGAGAUCAGGGCUAGGAAGUGCCCUUCGUAG